ACGGAGGCAUGCUGCAGAAGAUCGGCCGACUGCUUGGAGGGAGAAAUAUUCUUAGCGUUGUGGCCACACUUUGAGCUGCCUCAGAAGCUGAACUCAGACGCCUCGAACGUUGCAUCCACCAGCGCCAUCAGCUUCACUUUCGCAUUGCCUCUGCGCUGCCACUCGUCUUCCCUACAAAGAAGGUAUACGACGAAUGACCCAUCUCAAGCAAGCAGCAUUCGCACCUCAACAGCAACAACCAUGGGCCAAUUCACUUCUCAGCCCCGUGACGACACCUCGCCGCCGCCCGAUCCAGUGCUCAGCCUUUCACAGGGUACAGGCGGCGAGCAAGGAAUCCCCGUGAUCACUCGUAUCCGCACCGAAGGUGGUAAGACAGCUACUGUGACCAUUACCCUGCAAGCGACAGCAUUGACGUCGGCGUUGGCCUCGACCUUCACAACCUCCUCACUGUUGCCAGUGAUGACAACUCUGAUGACUACACUGAGACCUUCGCUGACUACCUCCACGCUCUCGUCUACCGAACAGAACACGUCACUGCCCAAGUCGACUGGCUCACCUGAUCAGGAACCCCACGUCACUCUUUCCAGGAACACAUUGAUUAUCAUCAGUUGUGCUGCUGUCGGAGGCUCUUUACUCCUCCUGUUCCUCAUCGGCAUGAUUCACGCUUAUGUGCGCCGAAGAGACGCGAUCAAGGAAGAUGCUAAGAAGGAGGCUGCUGCUGCUGCUGGCAUUCAGGAGCGUGAGCUGAACCAGUUCUCUCACCAGCCUCACCAGCAUGCCAACGAGAAUGGCUACAGCAUGGCCAUGUCUCAACCAGCCGCACGUGCGUGCUCGGAGCCGGAUCUGUACCAGCACUUUCACCCGUCACACGAGGUAGCCAAUGCCAGUUUCCGUACCCUCCCCGCCGCAAACCCCGCGUAUGAGCCGCAUCCAGCACAGGUUGUCGCUGAGCUUCCUGCCGAGCCAUGUCGCAGCGGUCUUCCGCAUUACGGUUAUCGAGGAUAA